AUGGCCGAAAUCAAUGAAAGAGCGUCAUGCUCAUCUCCAGCCGAGCCAUCUAAAGCUUCGGCUUCAACUAACCAAGUGCGGCAAGCCGCUGAAAAUAUGUACGACAAGAUUGGGCAACUUUUGGAAUCGCAAAUUCAAGGAACGAUUGACGAAUAUAAGCUGCUCGAAGAUAUGAACAACGCCACGGCUCAACGGUACACCGACAUGAAGACUGUUGCUGAAGGCGUGUCCUCGAAAUUGGAUCGCCUUAAUGAGAAAUAUGCGUCGCUAAAACCAUAUCUCAAGCAAAUUGAUGAAAUGGAAGUCAGCACUCGAAAAUUGGAGGAAGCUGUCAACGUUCUGGACACUUAUGUGGCUGCUUUAGAGGGCAAACUACAAACAAUCCAGGCUUCA